GUUAAGGGGUGUGUGUGUGAGUGUGUGCGAUGUAGAGCUCGUGGGAGGGGAAGAAGAAACUGGAGGAGGUGACGAAGAUCUGAUGCAGUGGUCAGUCCCCAUGAAGUGUGAGCUCUGGCAACAUUAGGCGCUGUUUAGCACGAGCAAAUAAAGGGAUCGUCGCAUCAUUUUCUUCCCGUUUGGACGUUUAAGCGCAAACACAGGAACGGAAGAGAUCACGCCUGGAAGCGAUUCUAUCCAGCGGAGAUGACCGGCACCGUUUUGCUGUUGACCAGGUUUCUGCUGCUUGGUCUAUUCUGCACCCUCAGCUCAGCCAACCCCGCGCUAACCCAUUACUAUGAUGAUGUAUCGGAAGAAUCUGUCUCCCGGAUGGUUGGUGUCUACAGGGUCGUUGAUGAGACGUCCUGUUCCUGCAGACUGAUCUUCUUGCCUUGUCCAGUGGAAGUUCAGGAACUUACUUCCAAGGAGAGAACGGUACAAUGUCCCUUACUGACGAGGUACUGCUGUCAGAGAGCCACUCUGAUCAAUCUAACCGACGCGGCACAGAAGCUGUCGUCGACCCCUUCCCCGCCUUCGGCCUGGAACAACGACCCAUCGGCAACCCCAGGCAAUCAAGCAACCGUCCAUGAAGAGGCGAUACCCAAUGAAUACGACGUGAAUAACGACGAUUCGUCAUCAGUUAGUGACGCUGGAAUCGACCAGUCCUCUGGAGCGCAGGGGACGAGAGUCGAGCUUCCGCAACCUGACGAGGAAACCACUACGGCAAAACAGCCUAUCAACGUAACGCCCUCGGCGCCAGCUUGCUCUUGCAUGACGAAGUACGAGUGCCAGUCGCAGUGGCCUGCCUUCAAACACAUGCCCAAGUAUAACUUCAAGACGUCCAUCAGGUGCAAAGAGGCCAAACAAGUCGUGUGCUGCUUCGGGAGGGUCGUCCCGCCAAGGGGGCAGAGGUCUCCGUCGCAAUCCCAGGGCACCAGAGGCAUUUCCAAAACGCCAGACGACGUUAGCAUAUGGGAUGCCCUGGAAAAUCUUAUGGCGUAUUUCAAUAGCGAGGAAUGAGCUUCGUUUCUAUUUUUAUUUAUUUAAUUUUUUUUUUGCCAUAAACGAAGGGCAUUACCGUUGUGACAUUCUCAAACAAAGGGAGUUUAAUAACAAAAAAAAAUUCACGUCCAUAUUGACGAAAAAGUUUAGGCACAGAGAGGGGUGAACAUUGUAAAUUGACUGACUUAACAGAGAGAGAGAGAGAGAGAGAGAGAGAGAGAGAGAGAGAGAGAGAGAGAGAGAUGCCUAUUAUAGAUUCGAUAAGUAACAUUAAAAUAUUUUCCGUAAACAUAAAAUGAUCGUUGCAUUUAGGUUUCCUGUUGUCAAAGUCAACAAGAAGGUUAAGAAUCUAUUAACAAAGUUACGAAACGAACCCAUCUUUGUAUAAUUGUUACUGUGAUAGAUGUAUGUUUAAAUUACCAUUUCCAAAAUUAUUAUUAUUAUUAUUAUUAUUAUUAUUAUUAUUAUAUUAUUAUUAUUGUAAGUACACAUCCCCAUCUUCAUUUUGCGGCAUACCUGAUACUUAGACGAUGUACAGAAUAUUUUGUAAAGGACAAACGCAUAGAUUUGAAGAGCAAUUAUUAAUGGCCAUUACAGAGGAGUAACGGGUCAGCAAAUUCAAAACACGGCAAAACAUUUACAUUUUAAGUAACAUAGUAAAAUAUGUUGAACACCGAAGUCUUUUCCUGGAUCAAAUCUGCCAACCGUGUCUAAUUUUUUUUUAACUGAUGUCCAAUACCGAAAAGUACAACUGUUCUUUUUUGGGCAUUACAUGUCAAAAAGACCGUUCAAUAUAGGGUGUCCAUCCGUUCUGUAGAACACAGAUCCGUUCUGUAUUGGAGAGUGAGAUGUUGCGUUCUGUACUGAACCAAUACAGAACGCCAUUUGUUCUCUAUUUGCCUGUAUGAGCAUCAUUAUUUUAAAAUUACACGAGCGUAUUUUUCAGUCAGUCAUACGGCACUGAAGGAAUAAAAUAAACUUGCUGGUAAAUAUAUAUACAUAUUAUUUCAAUGUCUAUGUCACUGCAUGUCAUUUCGUUUUUGAAUUUCUAUAGACUUCGUCACUUCACUGACAACUUGAGAAGUGAUUUCCCAGUCCUCAUCAGAUAUGAAACGUCUUCCUCACCCUGAUGUUGUUAGCUGCACAUAGCCUCCGAAUGCAAUGACUUUUUCCUCCUUAGACAACUAUAUGUUCUGUAUUUCUCCGAGCUCGAUGUGGCAACCCUAGUUUACUCCCUGACCCUACCUAGCAAAGGUCUGUUUAUUUACUUACUUAACCAAUGUACAGAAAAGAGAAUAGAUGAAGACAGACACCAGAUAAGGAAUCUGGUAGAAACUGCGCAAGGCAGAGGACACUGUUGUAACAAUCUACCUGCACUACUAAACUCGUCAAGAAAACCGGACUUAAAAUCGUUAAUGAAGAUGAUGGGAAGAUGAAGACGAUGAAGAUAAAUAUGAAGUUAUCAUUGGCAACCGUUAACGUUUAAAACUUGUUUUGUCAUUUGACAGCGGUGAAACUGCAGUUCCAUAUACAUUUUUUUUUAAAGCAGUUUAGAUAGUAAAUAUAAAGAAACCAAGAUUUCAUAGCCAAGAGUGAGAUGUUUCGUUGUCGAAUACAAACUGUACCUGUGGAAUUAAAAAUAUUUUUUUUA